GAGCGAGUGACAUUACAGCAAGACACAUCCCACCAUCACUGUCCUUAUUGCCGGCAGAGGAUCCUGAAUUACGAUGACCUCGAAUGACCCAGGACACAUUGACAACCUCAGCGAAGAGGAAGAUGCCUACCUCCGCGGAUACUGGAUGGCUCUUUUUGAUGCGAUAGCCGAAGCUACCUCUGACCAAACAGCGGAAACUGGCUCGACAGAGAAUGUGCUAAAGAGCCCGCUAAUGGAAGAAUUUUGGCUGGCAUGUGCACACGAUCGACCUGAUCAACUUAUGCUCCGCUAUCUUCGAGCUCGCAAAUGGGAUGUUGAUAAGGCUGUCGCGAUGGUCAUGGCUACACUGAAUUGGAGGAAGGAAUUUGGUGUACGAAAUGUUCUGGAGGUUGGGGAGAGAGGAUUGGAUUUGAGUGAGUUGCAGUCUGGUAAAAGCUACUUUCAUGGGGUUGAUUGCAAUGGAAGGCCCUGCUGUUAUGUUCAUGUACAACUGCACGACAAAAACACAGUUGAUCGGGAAAAGACAAAGGCUCUCACCGUUCUGACACUAGAAACCGGACGCUUAGUUCUUGAGCCUCCGCAGGAAAUGGCGACCAUCAUUUUUGAUAUGACAAAUUUCGGAAUGAAAAACAUGGACUACGAUUUUCUAAAGUUCCUAUUGACGUGCAUGCAAGACUAUUAUCCAGAAAGUCUCGGUGGUGCUCUUGUCGUCAAUGCACCGUGGAUAUUCAAUGGUUGUUGGACAAUCAUUCGCCCAUGGCUGGAUCCUGUUGUUGUUUCCAAGGUGCACUUUAUCAAAUCCUCGGAACUCUUUAAUUACGUUGAUGAAAAGCAGAUUCCUGAACGCUUGGGCGGCUCCAGCACAAAUUUUGUGUACCUACCUCCGAGCGCUGAAGAGGAGAAAGAAUACCAACGAUGGCGUGCGGACAAAGAGGGCAGCGCAGAGGCCUGGACUAAAUAUCGGGCUGCGGCUGAGCGCUUCGGGGGUUUGACAGCGGCAUGGGCCCGUGGUGAUAUGGAUAAAGUGACGGAUAGAAGAGAGGCAGAGCGGAACUUGAAGGAUGCAUACUACGCAUUGUCACCAUAUUUGAGAACGAAAACUGUAUAUCAUCGACGUGGGGUCAUUAAUGAUCCUGGUUUUAGUAGACACUAACUGCACAUUGGACAUUAAACACUUGUAAUAUUUAAGCGACAAAAUUAACCAUUACAAAAACACGACA